GUGGUAUCUGUGAGUUUUGAGGAGGAUGAGGAGGGCAACCUGUGUCUCAUAGCAUACCCCCUGCAAAGUGACUCUGGGGUGGGGGACCUGGAGAAUAUAGACCCGUCGGUCAAUGGUGAGCCCAACAGCAAGAUGCUGCAGUGGGGCAUGAAGCAGCUGUCUGCCCAGAGUCUGCUGGACUCACGCAAAGACAAGGACAAGAGGUGAGAGACGAGACAGAGUCGGAUGCACUUGAAAAACUGUUACAGAGACCUACUGAGAUACACCGAUAAAGAGACAUACAGGCCACCAGAGCUGGUGAGCGUUAUGAUGAACACACGCAAUCACUGACACCCAUUUUGAGUGUUAUACCGUAUUUGUGCGUCUCUCAGCGAUGUUCUAUCGAUUCCCGGGGUCAUUUCAUGAGCUAUUCGUAGUUCAAGCUGACAGAAAUACAGCCGGUAUGAUGCAAACGCAUCAUACCGGCUGUAUUUCUGCCUGCUUGAACAGCGAAUAGCUCAGAUACACAUUAAAACAUGAAAUGACCCUGGGAAUCGAUAGAACAUUGCUCAGAGUACGAUAUAAUAUUCAAAAUGGGUGAAUAUUUCCUUUAACUCAUACACUGGCUCACACAAGCACACAUACACACAGACAAACAUAUAAACCACUCUAAAAUACGCACACUGAAAUACAAGCAGGCAGGCCCCACCUGGUGUGAGUAGCUAAUGGUGAGGCUGUGGCCAGACUGUCUCAGGCGUCGCUCCAGAAGUGUUCCAUUGGGUUGAGAUCUGGUGACUGAGAUACAUACACAAACACACUGCUUAAAAACCCCUAUGCUCCUUUGAGACCCCUUUUUCAAAGUCACUGAGAUCUCUUCUUCUAGUCAAAAUAAUGAGCAACUGGACAUUUUUAUACAUGACCCUAAGUAUGAUGGGAUGUUAAUUGCUUAAUAUACUCAGGAACCACGCCUGUGUGGAAGCACCUGCUUUCAAUAUAUUUUGUGUUCCUCAUUUACUCAAGUGUUUCCUUUAUUUUGGAAGUUACCUGUAUGUCCUGUUCUCUCUGCUACCGCACGGCAAGCGGUACCGGAGCGCCAAGUCUAGGUCCAAAAGGCUUCUCAACAGCUUCUACCCCCAAGCCAUAAGACUCCUGAACAGCUAAUCAAGGCUACCCGGACUAUUUGCACUGCCCCCCCCCCACCCCCACCCCAUAUUUUUACGCUGCUGCUACUCUGUUAAUUAUUUAUGCAUAGUCACUUUAACUCUACCCACAUGUACAUAUUACCUCAACUACCUCAACUAGCCGGUGCCCCCGCACAUUGACUCUGCACCGGUACCCCCCUGUAUAUAGCCUCCCUACUGUUAUUUUAUUUUACUUCUGCUCUUUUUUUCUCAACACUUUUUUGUUGUUGUUGUUUUAUUUUACUUUUUUAUUAAAAAAUAAAUGCAUUGUUGGUUAAGGGCUGUAAGUAAGCAUUUCACAGUAAUGUCUACACCUGUUGUUUUCGGCACAUGUGGCAAAUCAAAUUUGAUUUGAUUUGUUGAGACACAUUGUAGGUUCUAGAAUGUAAGCUUCAUGCCCCCCACCCCUCCUGACUCCCCUCUCUUCCUCUCUCCCCCAGUCAUAAGCCUGAGGGGGAGGUGCUGGAGAUGGAGCUGGAGUGGCUGCAGCAGGAGGAGGUGCCUCUGGGACGCAGCAACGCCAUCCAACACAACCCCUGGAGACUCAAACUCCAACAAAAACACCUGCAGAGGAUGAAGGAGAACGCCAAGCACCGCAACCAGUACAGUAUCCUUUCUGUGUGGAACAACCACUUUGAACAUCAGGCCAUCCAGCACCUGCCUGCAAAGUUUGUCCAUGUACUGUACCUAACGUAUUACUGUGUAGAACUGCCUAUUUCUUCGCUCUGCAGAAUCUUGUGCCCAAAGUAUACUUCCAAUCUUACAGAUAAUCCACUUGUGACAUCUGUGUAUUUGUAAGGGAAGUGAUUGGUGUCCGGUCCAUCUGAUGAAUUAGUGUCUGCUGAUAGGGAUUCAGGUCUUCCUACUACAUUAGUGUAGAGUUAAGUCUCCAACCAGGUCCAUUAGGAAUAUGAUGUGAUUCUCCUGUAGCCAGAGGCUCCUUGACUCAGGACCCCUUCCCAGAAUUCAUCCUGCUGGAGAACCUGACGUGGCGUCAAACGGUUCCGUGCGUGCUGGACCUGAAGAUGGGCACACGGCAGCAUGGUGACAACGUGUCCGAGGAGAAGAAGGUCAUGCAAAUCCGCAAGUGCCAGCAAAGCACCUCUGCCUCCAUUGGAGUACGCCUCUGUGGCAUGCAGGUGGGCACAAUGUUAAAUUGUGUGUUAUUGAAGAGCCUGAAAUUAUCUCUUGGGGAGGCAUAGCUUAGUUCUAGUUCAGAAUGAAAGGGAAUAAAUGUGUUUCUGAACCCCUCCAUCUCCUACCUCUCUCUCAGGUGUACCAGUCAGACUCUGGUCAGCUCAUGUUCAUGGAUAAGUACAUUGGGCGUAAACUGACCCUGUCGGGCUUCAAGGAGGCUCUGUUCCAGUUCUUCCAUGACGGGAGGCGUCUGCGGCGCGAGCUGCUCUCCCCGGUGCUGCGGAGGCUCAGGGAGAUGCAGGCGGCCCUCGAGUGCUGUGAGUCCUACCGUUUCUAUUCCUCCUCCCUGCUCAUCAUCUACGACGGUGAGCCGCCCCGCACACACCCAUGCAGAGGCCCCGAGGGCGGUCUGUCUGAGGAGGAGGAAGAGGAGGAAGGGGAGAAAGAUGAAGAGGCAAGUGCGUUCGGGUUGCCCCGCAGCAGUAGCAGUAGUAGUGGUAGCACUGGUGGUGGACGCCUGGCAGUCCGAUCUGAUACAGGCCCUGGGCUGGCGGUGGACGUGAGGAUGAUUGACUUUGCCCACACCACGUGCCCUGACUAUGUGGAGGACAGUGUGGUGCAUGAGGGCCAGGACAGUGGCUACAUCUUCGGUCUGCAGAACCUCAUCACUAUCAUAUCCCAGCUGGAGGACCACAGCACAGACUUAAACACACACAUAGUC